GCCUCUGUAUUAGGGACUGUCCGAUUACUGUGCUGUUGCCUCUACUUGCCCCUAACAAACACUGAGGCCUGAGUGCUGACGGCUUUUGGGGUACACCUGAUCGAGGGGGAGUAUAUAGAGGAACACAGGGGUCUGUACAAGGACGUGAUGAUGGAGAAUCACCGGCCCCUCACAUCACUGGAUGGACCCACUAACAGAGAUACCCCAGAGAGAUGUCCCCGUCCUCUGUAUUCCCAGGAUUGUACAGAGGAGAAUCACAGGAUCCCACAGGAGUAUCAGGAUGAAUAUCUGACAUUUAUAAAGAUAAAACGUAUAGAGGGAGAAGAAGAGACGUAUGUGACUGAUAUAAAGGCAGAAGAUAUAGAGGGAGAAGAAGAGACGUAUGUGAGGGGUGAUCAGCAGUGUGAGAAAAAGGAAAUCCCUACAGAUAUCAGCACAGACGGAUGUACAAGCAGGAAUGCCGCUAAGCGAUGCCUAACGUCUACAGAUUCUAAAGUACAAGCAGACAUCAAUCAAGAUUCUCCAGAUAUAUCUUCUGAUCCCUCUUUGCAUAAGAAAUGUUCAGCUUAUAGAUCAGAUAUUGCUACACAUAGUACAGCUCAUAGAGGUGAUAUGUUUUCGUGUUCUGAGUGUGGAAAAGGUUUCACAGCAAAUUCACAUCUUGUUAUACAUCAGAGAAGUCACACAGGAGAGAAGCCGUUUCCAUGCUCUGAGUGUGGGAAAUGUUUUACAAAUAAAUCAGAUCUUUCCAAACAUCAGAGAAUACACACAGGUGAGAAACCGUUUCCAUGUUCUGAGUGUGGGAAAUGUUUUAUACGGAAAUCACAUCUUGUUACACAUCAGAGAACUCACACAGGCGAGAAACCAUUUCCAUGCUGUGAGUGUGGGAAAUGUUUUACACAUCAAUCAGAUCUUGCUAGACAUCAGAGACGUCACACAGGUGAGAAACCAUUUCCUUGCACUGAGUGUGGGAAAUGGUUUGCUCAUAAAUCAGACCUUGUUAUACAUCACAGAACUCACACAGGUGAGAGGCCAUUUCCAUGCUCUGAGUGUGGGAAAUGCUUUACACAGAGAACAUCUCUUAAAUCUCAUCAAAGAUAUCACACAGGUGAGAGGCCAUUUUCAUGCUCUGAGUGUAGAAAAUGUUUUACACAGCAAACAAAUCUUGUUAUACACCAGAGAACUCACACAGGUGAGAAGCCAUUUCCAUGUUCUGAGUGUGUGAAAUGUUUUACACUGAAAUCAGCUCUUGUUGCACAUCAGAGAACUCACACAGGUGAGAAACUAUUUCCAUGCUCUGAAUGUGAGAAAUUGUUUACAAAGAAAUCAUCUCUUGUUAGACAUCAGAGAAGUCACACAGGUGAGAAGCCGUUUCCCUGUUCUGAGUGUGGGAAAUGUUUUACACGAAAAUCAAAGCUCGUCACACAUCAUAAAAUACAUAAAAUUCCCAUGACUUGAUGGAUGUGCAUUAAGUUUGCAGCAAUACUGUACAUAUUACACAUUACACAUAUUUUAUAAAUGCACAGCAGACGAAUAAAUUCAAAGUGUGUACUUAAAGGUAUUUGUUAUUACUCAGUCUUGUUUUAUUACUGUUUUGUUCCCAAUUGUAAAGAGUAAUGGACCAAGGUGCAUUACCUUACACUUGUCUCUAUUAAACUUCAUUCUCCA